AUGGCAGCUGCACGCGCAAAGUUGGCUGAACUGCGUGCUCUACGUGCAUCGGGCAAAAAGCGACUCGCAACCUAUGAAGUUGAAGAAGAAGGUGACAUUUACGAAGAAGUCGACGAGGAGGGAUACAAGAAGGUUGUUAGGCAACGGCUCGACCGCGACGACUUUGUCGUUGACGAUAAUGGCGAGGGUUACGCGGACGACGGCCGUGAAGAAUGGGACACACGGCAAGCGGACAGCGGGAGCGAGAGCGAUGAACCGGCCUUGAGAGGCAAGGCGGCUAAACGCAAGCGAGAAGAGGACAAACAUCGAAAAGAGAAGAUAAACAAUGGAAUCAACAAAUAUUUCAGCAACGCUUUUGCUGCCCCGAAUGCUACAAAACCAAAGCGCAAUGCCACCGCUGAAGAUGAAGCGUUUAUGGCAGGUCUACUAGAAGAAAUGGAUACGAAUGUUGCGUCGUCUCGCCUACCCGUCAAAAAGCCCGUGAAAUCGGAGACUCGACGGAAAGUCCGCAUUAUCUCACCUCCUCGGUCUCAGGAAUCCACUCCGAUAAAGCCGAAGGAACAAAAGACCGUCAUCCCCGCCAAAAUUGAUACGGAGCCGAAAUCUGAUAUCGAUUUCGAUGACGAUGCGGGAUACCUUCCCAUGGGCGGUGACGACGAUGGGCCCAUGAGUGAUCCUUUGCCAUCCUCCCCGGUCGCAAAAGCAGUGGAACGGAGAAAGGCCUCAUCCGUGAAACAGGAGGAUGAAAGCAUGGACGAUAUGGAUGACGAGGAGUUUAUGACUGUUGCCGAAGCAACCGGACACAACGAAGCCAAUGCAGCCAGAGUCAAUAUGACUGGAAAACGACCUCCUCCCCAACCAAAAGUGAAAGAUACUGCUUAUCCCUCCCCUACCUCGUCGUCUCCUGUAAGGGCCAAUUCAGAUGCAAUAGAUCCUUCGUCAUGGACGGAUGUAACGAAGAGACUCAACGUCUUGAGUAGCCCGCCUCAAGAGACCCACGCUUUUGGCAAGCUACGAGCUGAAGACGCUGUAGAGGCGGAUGGAAGCUUACGCUUGUUUUGGUUUGAUUAUACCGAAGUUAACGGGGCCCUCUGCCUAUUUGGUAAAGUCAAAAACAAAAGAACUGGCAAAUAUGUCAGCGCUUUUGUCAAGGUCGACAAUAUCUUACGGAAGCUAUACUUUCUGCCCCGUAAGCACGACGGGCAGAAUACAGAUGAAGAAGCUGAUAUUGAGAACGUCUAUCAAGAAGUUGACCGGCUUAUGACCAAGCUGAGAGUUGGCACGCAUAAAAUCAAACCCUGCGAAAGAAAGUAUGCUUUCGAGCUCCCGGAUAUUCCCAAGGAAGCGAAAUAUCUCAAGCUUAUGUACUCUUACGCAAAACCAGCAUUGCCGAUUGACGUUCAAGGCGAGACGUUCUCCCAUGUUUUCGGUACAAAUACUUCUCUUUUUGAGCAAUUCGUGCUCUGGAAGAACAUCAUGGGCCCCUGUUGGCUUAAAAUCGAAGACGCAGAUUUUACAGCUAUCAAUGGUGCCUCUUGGUGUAAACUUGAAUGUCAGGUUUCGGACCCGGAGCUCAUAUCUUCGAUUUCAGAUUCCGAAAAUUUGGACCACCCUACAUUCACGUUGAUGAGUCUGGCGCUACGUACGCAGCUCAACGUUAAAGAGAACAAGCAAGAGAUUUUGGUUGCGAGUGCGAGGGUUUACGAGAAUGUUUCUUUGACGGACACUACGCCCCCUGAAAAGCUUCCAUGCAAGACGUUCACGGUUAUGAGACCGUCAGGUUCUACAUAUCCUAUUGGAUUUGAGGCUGAAACCCGAAAACACCGUGGCACAUUUAUGCUAGAAAAGAGCGAACAGUUUCUCCUGAGCAAAUUCUUGGCUUUAUUCGAAAAAAUGGAUCCUGAUGUCGUGAUGGGCCACCAGCUUCAAGAAGUAGACUUGACAAUCCUGAUAAACAGACUAAAGGAAAAGAAAACCCCGGGCUGGCACCGAAUUGGCCGAAUGAAAAGAAGCGAAUGGCCGAAGAAUUUUCGAGGAGCAGGUUUCUUUGGGGAAAGACAGUUGGUAGCUGGACGCCUUAUAUGCGAUGUCGGAAAUGACAUGGGAAAGUCGUUGAUGACGAAGUGUCAAUCGUGGAGUCUCACAGAAAUGUGUCAAUUAUACCUCGGAGACGACAACCUACGGCGAGAAAUUGACAAUGAAUCUGCACUCAAAACUUGGGCUGUCACCAAGGAAGGGUUGAUGAAUUAUGUUAGCCACUGCGAAGCUGAUACCUAUUUCAUUGCUGCGCUCGUCUUGAAGCUUCAGAUGCUUCCCCUGACCAAGGUUCUUACCAAUCUCGCUGGCAAUUCAUGGGCCAGGACUCUUACCGGCACAAGAGCUGAACGGAAUGAAUACAUUCUGUUACAUGAAUUUUAUCGAAAUAAGUACAUUUGUCCGGACAAAUACUCUGGGAAGUCACAGCCGAAGAUGGAAGAGCAUGAAGGUGAUGACGACGGAGCUGACAAAAAGAAGAAAGACAAAUACAAGGGCGGCCUUGUCUUUGAACCAGAGAAGGGUUUGUACGACAAAUACGUACUUGUCAUGGACUUUAACAGUUUGUACCCAAGUAUUAUUCAAGAGUACAACAUUUGUUUCACUACGGUGAAUCGAGAGCUAGUAUCUGAAAAUGAAAAUGAGGAGAAGGUUCCUCGCGUCCCAACUGAUCAGGCUCAGGGUAUAUUACCGCGAUUGAUCUCUACACUUGUCAGUCGAAGAAGGGAGGUGAAAAAAUUAAUGAAAAAUAAACGUGCAACUCCCGAGGAGCUAGCUCUAUGGGAUACGAAACAAUUAGCGCUGAAGCUCACUGCUAAUUCCAUGUACGGGUGCCUAGGAUAUACACAGUCUAGGUUCUAUGCUCGACCGCUUGCUAUGCUCACAACCUUCAAAGGUCGUGAGAUUCUGUUGAAUACCAAAGAACUGGCUGAAAAGAAUCAACUUCGCGUUAUUUACGGUGACACUGACUCCGUCAUGAUCAACACCAACGCGGAUAAUGUCGAAGAAGCUCUAAAAGUUGGUAGAGACUUCAAGAGACUUGUUAACGACAGCUACAAAUUGCUUGAGAUCGAUAUUGACAAUGUUUUUCGUCGGUUAUUGUUACAUGCGAAGAAGAAGUAUGCUGCAAUCAAUAUGACGGAGGUGGACGGUAAAUACGUUGAUCACCUUGAAGUUAAAGGUUUAGAUAUGAAGAGAAGAGAAUACUGCGCCCUGUCUAAAGAGGUUUCUUCAAAACUCCUUACCGAAAUCCUUUCUGGGGAAGAUACCGAAGUGGUUCUGGGCAAAGUUUACGACUACCUGAGAGACCUCGCCCAGAAAAUGAAGGAAUUCACAAUUCCGGUGCAGAAAUACGUGAUUUUCACGAAACUGUCGAAGCGACCGGAUGAAUAUCCCAAUAAGGAGACUAUGCCUCCUGCUCAGGUAGCUCUACGAGAAUUAGCUAGAGGAAAAACCAUUCGCCCAAACGACGUUAUCUCCUAUAUUGUAACCUCGGGAGACACCGAAACCGCGUCGUUACCCCCAGCCAAGCGCUCUUAUACGCUACAGGAUGUUAUGAAACAAGACUCCGGGUUGAAGCCAGAUAUAGAAUUCUACCUCCUCAAACAAAUAUUCCCUCCCAUCGAACGUCUCUGUGCUCCGAUUCCUGGCACAGACGCUGUCCAACUAGCCGAAUGCUUAGGUUUGGAUGUUAAGAAGUAUCAAAUCAACACUUCCAGCACCCACAACCAGCAAAGCCUAGAAUUAUGCCCUCUUGAAUCUCAAAUCCCUGAUGCACUCCGCUUCGAAAAAGCUGCUCGAUUCACACUUCGCUGCCGCACUUGUCGUGAACGGACGAUCUUUGAAGGCCUUAGCGUUUCAUCGAACGCGUGUACUCCAAACGGCCUUGUGUGUCCAAAUACAAACUGCAAAAAACCGUUUUCUGUUAUCUCCAUUGUGGCACAGCUUGAGAAUCAAAUUCGGGCCCAGACAACCAAGUACUACGAAGGCUGGCUUGUCUGUGACGAUCCUGCGUGUCACAAUAGAACUAGGCAGAUGAGUGUCUAUGGUCACCGCUGUUUAGGGCCCCGAGGACGAGCUGAAGGCUGCCUAGGUCGUAUGUCCUAUGAAUAUACAGAGAAGCAGCUAUAUAACCAAAUGUUAUACUUUUCGUCAUUGUGGGAUGUGGAUAAAGUAAAGGCCAUCGCUGAGAAGGAAGCCGCCGGUGAAACAAAAGACAAACUAUUGGCACUUGCGGAGUGGAAUCGUGCGAGGUUUGGGACAAUCAGAGGCGUUGUUGACGGGUAUCUGAAGAAAUGUGGACGACAAUGGGUUGAGAUGGAUGUUAUUUUUGGGUUUGCUAUGAAGUAA